UUUGUAAAAAAAAAAAAAAAUAUACAUUUAUAUUAAUAGCCCUUAUCAUUUUUUCAUAUUAUUUUUCGUGGUACAAUUUUUGUAUUUUUUUUCUUUCUGUUUUCCCCUUCCUUAUCUUUUGCACUCAAAACACCCAAUACGGAUUGAUGGAAGAAUUCGUCCCAAAUCUUCAGCAAUACUGUACGAUAGACCGACUACAAUACUGGGUUGGUCAAUCAAAUAUCUGGGGAACACACAAAAGAAAGACAACAAGUGGUCAAACGAAAUACGGUUGACAUUUGUGGAUUGUAUGCAGGGAGAUGAGGGAAUUUAUGGUCGAAUUGACAGAUUCAAUUUCAGCACAUUGGGACCAUCUCAAGAACGAGGUUGAUUUUAUCACUAUUGGUUAUGCCAGGAAAUCUCCAACCAAAGAAAAUCAUGCAUCGAAAACGCGACUUCUGCAACUCAUGGUUGACAAGCUGUAUUUUUGAAUGAAGUGUGAGGAAGUGUAUAUCAGUCCGUGCUGCUUUGCUAAAGAACCGAUUCUGGAACAUGAUUCCCCUAUAUCAGAUCACUUGUUUCCAGUCAUCAAAUGUUGCAAUGGUGGCAUUACAGAUUUGACGAAGCGCAUCCGUUACACUCAAAAACAUAUACGUCUGGCUAUUAUUGACUAUGCUGGCCUUUCCACAUCUCCGAAUGACAUUCGAAAAUUUCUCGACACAUACCCCAAUAUCAAAGAAAUUGCCAUUGACCAUGGUAAAUCAAUUGAAAUCCUGACUCAACACCAACUAUUGGAGAGAAACGAUGCUGAAAAAUUCAAUUGUCGCCUUAGUCUUGUUCAAUGAUCAAAAUAAAAAAUACGUUUGUUUGGCAGUCUUCAUCUUUCAAUACCAUGCAUAUUUUUUUAGUCCGUGCUUUAACAAAAGGAGGAAGGGCGUAUGUGAUGUUCAGAGCGUAAGCAAUGAGUAUAACUUAAAAUAAAAAAAAAUAUAUAUAAAUA